AUGUCGGAACAUGUUCAUAUCGAUUAUCAUCAACUCAACGAUAACCUCCAAAGAUUUUUUCAAGCGCAUCCACAGGUCGAUAACGUUGUCGGAACUGAAGCCUAUGAGGUAGAAACGGAGGCUGAGAGGGCAAGAAGGAUGUUUGAACGAGAUCUUGCUGCUGCCCGAGCUCAACGAACUGCUGUUGAGGUUGUGGCCCCUGACGAAGAAUCCAUUGGAAACAAUGCUCCACCUAUACCACCAGCUACAGGCACCAUCUAUGGAUCGGAGAUACUUCCAAAUCCUGGAGUGUUCAGGGGGGAUCGUGAUCGAGACAGGCUACACUUGUUCAAGCAACAAAUGAAAAUCAAGCUAAUGGGAAAUACCGAUCGCUAUCCUACACUACAGUCUAAAUUAUCCUAUGCGUUCAGCAGAUUGGAAGGCGUUGCUGCCAAUCAGUUCUUACAGUAUGUCGGAGAAGAAGGUAUUGCCUUACCUUCUAUGCUACGGUUUUAUCAAAUUUUGGACACAGCCUUUGGGGACCCCGAUCGAAUGCGUACAGCCAGAAGGAACCUCCGGAAUAUCCCCUCUCGGAUUGAGGCUUUGAUGGAAGGUAUUAACAUGGAACUCGAUGAAUUAAUGAUACACCAUGAAACUCCUGCGACGGUAGAUGCCUGUGCGACAGUUUUGCAACGGUUGGAUAAUAGUCGUCGAGCGCCAGAAGCUAAACGAGGAAAUAAAAAACAUUGGAAUGCUACUACUACUCCGGCCCCUCGUCCCCCACCAGCGAAUCCUGUUCCUGCUCCUCGUGUUGCUGCCCCAGUCGCCAAUGCACAUGCUACUGAAAAUCAUCCCUCGUUCCACCCAGGAGGUGAUGUACCAAUGGAUCUAUCUGGAGGACGUCGUCUGUAA